CUUCCAAGUCCGGGCGGUCGCCUCCCGACGCCGAAGGGAACGGUUUCUUCUUAAAGGAGAAACAGCGGCGGCGCGCGCGGUGGGCCCCGGUCCUCCCGCUGCUCCCGGAGCGUGCAGGCGGGACUGGAAGGCGCAGGCGCAGUCUGGGCUAAGGCGGGUUGGGGCGCGCAGUGCCCGCCCCGACUCUAAAGAAGGGGUGGCCGGAUCCUGGAGCCGCGAGUGCCGCACAGGCAGUGUGGUCCGGUCCCCACUCAGCGCAGACGGCGCGGGGGCUGUGUGUGCCCGGGACGCCCCGACGACACCGCGUUCCCCGAGCAGGCCCGGGCGCGCAUGGCCUCGCCGGUGGCAGACGCAUCCCGCCGGCGGCGGGAGAAGCGCCGGCAACUGGACGCGCGCCGGAGCAAGUGCCGCAUCCGCCUGGGCGGCCACAUGGAGCAGUGGUGCCUCCUCAAGGAGCGGCUGGGCUUCUCCCUGCACUCGCAGCUCGCCAAGUUCCUGCUGGACCGGUACACUUCUUCCGGCUGUGUCCUCUGUGCAGGUCCAGAGCGUGUGCCCCGAAAGGGUCUGCAGUACCUGGUGCUCCUGUCUCAUACGCACAGCCGGGAGUGCAGCCUAGUGCCUGGGCUCCGCGCGCCUGGAGGCGGGGAUGGGGAGCUUGUGUGGGAGUGCUCAGCGGGCCACACGUUCUCCUGGGAACCUUCUUUGAUUCCUACACCCUCAGAGGUGCCUAAGCAGGCCCCCCUUACACACACUACUGAGAGAACCUGGUGCCCAGAGGCCAGGAGGAAGCAGGAGCCUGAAGGUUUGGAGUGCGAGCAGCAUGAGAGGACUCAAGAAACCAGGCUGUCCAGGGGAAUAGAAUCCCCACUGGAGACCUUCCCACCCCCAGGAGAGGAACAGGAUGCAGAAGAGGAGGAGGAGGAGGACGAGGAGGAAGAGGAAGAAGAAGAGCUGCUCAGUGAUGCCAGCCCGUGGACCUACAGCUCUUCCCCAGAUGACAGUGACCCAGAUGUCCCUAGGCCACCUCCAUCCCCUAUUCCCCACACACCAAAGGAGGGAGAGGUCCCCCCAGUUCCUGCAACUCUCCCCACUCCAUGUGCUGUUCACGCUUCUCCGGGGUCCACAGCUGCGCUGACGUCAGAUGCCGAGGUGCAGCUGGAGCUCGGCAGGACCCCUCAGGCAGCUGCAGAGCUGCAAAUGACAGAGUCUCUGGGCAGCCCUGGGAGUCAGGCCCAGUCUGCUCCGAACCCGACCUGGGAUGAGGACACUGACCAGAUUGGGCUCAGGAGAAUUAGGAAAGCUGCCAAAAGAGAGCUGAUACCCUGCGAUUUCCCUGGCUGUGGAAGGAUCUUCUCCAACCGGCAGUAUUUGAAUCACCAUAAGAAGUACCAGCACAUCCACCAGAAGUCAUUCUGCUGCCCCGAGCCGGCCUGUGGGAAGUCCUUCAACUUUAAAAAGCACCUGAAGGAGCAUGUCAAACUACACAGCGACACCCGAGACUACAUCUGUGAGUUCUGUGCUCGUUCUUUCCGCACUAGCAGCAACCUUGUCAUCCACAGACGAAUCCACACAGGAGAGAAGCCCCUACAGUGUGAGAUAUGUGGGUUUACUUGCCGCCAGAAGGCCUCGCUGAACUGGCACCGACGCAAGCACGCAGAGACUGCCGCCGCCCUGCGGUUCCCCUGUGAAUUCUGUGGCAAACGCUUUGAGAAGCCAGACAGUGUGGCAGCUCACCGCAGCAAAAGCCACCCAGCCCUUCUCCCAGCACAGGAGGCGCCUGGCUCUUUGGGACCUAGUCUCAGCAUCUCUGCUCCUGAGCCCCUGCAAACUCCUGAGGGGGCUAGCCUCUGUACCUCUUCUGACUCUAAUCCUGCCCCCUCCACAGCCAUCUCUUCACCUGGGGUGCUAGACCUCAGAGACACAGAGAAAAGUCAGAUGGUGGUGUCCAGGAACUAGGGUAUUUGAAUGCAGUUGAGGGUGGGGCAUGACUUGGCUCCAGAUACCUAGCUUUAGCCUUCAAGGAAACAAUAAAUAGUAUUUUACACAA